UUGUGGUGCAACCUACUGCUAAUGGCCCUGAUACACGCAAGCAUGGACUACAAAAACGAAGGCCACAGCGGCAUCAACCAGCUGGGUGGCGUCUUCGUCGGCGGAAGACCUCUGCCGGACUCGACGAGGCAGCGAAUCGUCGAGCUCGCCCAUGCCGGAGCGCGACCAUGCGACAUCUCGCGGAUUCUUCAGGUAUCGAACGGAUGCGUGAGUAAAAUACUGGGAAGUUCCGUGGAUAUUUGUAGAUAUUAUGAAACUGGAAGUAUCCGACCGCGAGCGAUUGGUGGAUCGAAGCCUCGCGUGGCUACGCCCGAGGUGGUCAACAGGAUUUCGAUGUUCAAGCAGAACUGUCCGAACAUUUUUGCGUGGGAGAUUCGGGAUAAAUUGUUGAACGAACGCAUCUGCACUCCGGAAAAUAUUCCAAGCGUUUCAUCCAUAAAUCGUGUUUUAAGAAAUUUGGCCGCGCAGAAGGAAUUUAGUAAGAAGCCACAUGCGCAAGAAUCCUCAUCCGAUGAUUCAAAUUAUUUAUCAACUAAGCCGUUGAACGACGGUUCGCCUUUUGUUCACUACAAAUACGCAGAUAAUGCAGAUAUGAAACCACAAGCUGAAGAUAAUAAGAGUCCCUUUGCGAAGCAUUGUUUUACGAAUUUGGAUUCUCCGGUGGGUGGUGGCGGAGGUGGAGGAAGCGGAGGUGGGGGAGGUCUUGGUUUGGGGAACAAACCGCCUUCCGCACAACCACCGUCCUCUGUUGGCUUUGAUUCGGACUCGGAGAGGCUCAGCCUCAAGCGCAAACUUCAACGCAAUCGGACCUCGUUUACCGUAGAUCAAAUCGAGUACCUGGAGAAGGAAUUCGAACGAACGCAUUAUCCGGACGUAUUCUCCCGUGAACGGUUGUCUUCCAAAACUAAUCUACCUGAGGCGAGAAUUCAAGUUUGGUUCUCGAACCGUCGCGCCAAAUGGCGUCGCGAGGAGAAACAACGAUCACAAGCUGCCUCCGAGGGAUCUUCCGUCGCUGUUUCCGUGUCGGCAGCGACUGCCCAGCCUCCAUCCGCUGUUUCAUCGUGCAUGAAUCUGACAUCUCCUCUGGUUUCUCAUGUCUACGACUCCAACAUGUGCGUUGAAGAUUCGAACAGCAACUAUCUCAGCAAGACGUACCCAUUGGAACCGACCGGCUUCCAGAACCUCGAUCCACUGAAGUCACCGCAGUCCCAUCAGCCGCAAACGCAUUCACCCAUGUCGUUCAAACUGUUCCCCAGCAGUAGCUCCGGAGGAUCGGUAACUCCGGGCUCGUCCGGUGGAGGCGGUGGCGGCGGAAGUGGCCCUGGAUUAGCAUCUUCCGGAUCUCUGCACGAGCCGAGCCUGAUGGACGCGGUGGCUCUCUCCAACAAUGGCGGUUUCUCUCACGUACCUACCUCGGACGAUAAGUCCCUGUACAAUCACUUUGCCUAUUCGGCGUCGUCGGCAGCCGUCGCAGCCGCAGCCAACAUGCACCACUCGGCUGCGUACUCGGUGGCUGCGGCAGCGGCAGCCGAUCAUCAUCACCAUCACCAUCAUCAGUCGUACAACGGGAUGUACCUGAAGAAUCAGCUGUACAACCUGCCGACAAAUGGCGUCCUUAGCUUCCAGUCGACCUUGGACUGGAACAAGAGUUAAUGGUAGGCGUCGCGGGGCUUUGACGCAGCCGAAGGCUUCCCCGAUUCGUUUGAAUAACUGAUGCAAGACGAUGACGAUGAUGGUGAUGAUAAUGAUAACAAACAAGCCAUAACAGUAUUUGUGGUGCGAUCUACUGAGAAUCUUGAUAUCGAAUCAUGAUAACUAAAUGUUGACAGAAAAUAUUUCUAUUAUUGAAACUAUUACUAAAUGAAACACAAACGUGAUCAGUUUUUAAUGCUAAAAGUGAUGGUUGUCCGUAUUAGCUAUUAUACCUUAUGAUAAACAGAAACAAACACACACGCAUACACACAAACAUAUAUCUUUGCAAAUGUGGUAUUGAAAGUAUUAUUUUUGCGUCUAACCAAUUAGUACGAUUUUUAGAGUAUGAUGCUGUGAAACAACAUUACAAACAUUACUGGAACCGAGAGGGUGGGCGAACGUGUUAGGAAAAUUUGAAAAUAUUUUAAUUAUAUGAGAUGUGCUGGAUUGUGAACCACGAGAGGCGAACACAAAUGAUGAUUCGGACCAUCUCUUUCUAGAACAAUAUAAUGACGUACUAUUGCAAUCGCAGGUCAACUGGAGAAACUGAAAUGUACAAUAAAUUGUAGCACAUUAUUAUUGAAGUGAAAUGAAAUCAAUUUUAAAAACUUGAGAAGUA